AGGAGGAGGCUGGACUAAGGAUCUGUGCGGCCCCUGUAGAGAUGUUUGAGUAUCAAACCAAAGCUCAUCUAUGCCAAAGAUGCUGUCCUUGAAGUCAAGUAUGUCAGGAGACCUUCAUCUGACAUCAUCAAAGCGGUGAAAUUCGGCCAAAAAUUACAAAUUAAAGGGCCAGACCACAAUAAGAUGUUCUCUAUGAUCCAUACCGCUUGGAGAUUCCCAUUCCGUGUCCAGUAAUGAAAAUACAAACACCAUAAAGGUGAAAACAUCAUGAAAGCAGUUCGACUGUCACGUUGGGAGUUCAAUAUUUAUCUCCUUCUUUCGAUUGUGAUCCAUGCAUAUUCAUUUUAUGAGGUCUACCGAACCUCCCAAGAACAUGAAGAGGAGCUUGAGUCUGAAUUUGAUCUGGAAACGGAUUCCUAUUUCUGGGGCUUUAAAAAGGAUUCUACAGACUUUGAGUGGAAUUUCUGGAUGGAAUGGGCUCGCUGGCCCUUAAUAUGGCUUAUGUUGGGACAUGUGGUGGUUUCACAGUUUGCCAGAAUAUACUUUAAAGAGUACCGUCCUUUUUUCUUAAUGCUGUAUGGGAUGGCAGCCUGCUGGUUUGUUUUGGGCACCAACGGCCUGGCAAUGAUUCUCCUGAAUAUAUACAUAUCCUACCAGGCGGCAAAGCUGAAGACCCCGCUCAUAACGUGGAUAAGCUCCAUGUUUAUGCUUUUCAUUAUGCAUAACCAGUCUGUGGAAAAUAUCCAGCGUUCCUGGUACAGCAGUGAGAAUGAAUACUACCUGCUUGUGUUCACCCUGACCGUCCGGUGUUUAUACUACACAAGUUUCAGUCUGGAAUACUGUACUCACCAGCAGAGCGAGCGCGAGAGCUACACCUUCUCCUCCAUGCUGGUCUAUGCCUUUUAUUAUCCCGUGUUUCACAACGGCCCAGUUAUAACCUACAACGAAUUCACUAAGCAGUUGCAGAAUAAAGAUACCAGUUGGCCAGGUCCUAAUAUUCUAAGAUUAAUCCUGGAUAUAUUCCGCUUAUUACUAUGGUGGUGGCUGGCAGAGUCGAUGCUUCACCUGAUGUACAUGCAUGCGAUGUUCAGCAGCUACCAGCUCCUUGAACGAGUCUCCUACUGGACCUUGGGUGGUCUCGCUUUGGCUCAAGUUUUAUUUUUUUACGUCAAGUACCUUGUCUUGUAUGGAGCCCCAGCUCUCGUUAUGCUGUCCGAUGGACUCAAUCCUCCCGCAUUGCCCCGGUGUGUCAGCUCCAUGUACAGUUUCAGUGGGAUAUGGAGGGCAUUUGAUGUUGGUCUUCAUCGUUUUCUUAUAAGAUACAUCUACAUUCCGCUGGGAGGGUCGCACCGUGGGCUGCGUGGCAUGCUGCUGUCCACCUCCUGCACCUUCAUAUUCGUGUGUUUCUGGCAUGGCGGCCAUGAAUAUCUCUGGUACUGGGCCGCGCUGAACUGGAUUGGAAUAAUCACAGAACAAGGAGUGAAAAAACUACUUACAGCUUCAGGAGUUCAAACCAGAAUUAAUCAAUGCUUGUCACCGAGGCUGUUCCGCCAGCUUCAUGCCGCCCUGGCAUCUGUUUCCACGGCUUUGUUAAUUUUCACCAACCUCAUAUUUCUCGGAGGAGAGCACGUUGGGAGAAUCUACUGGAAGAGGUUGUUUGUCCAAGGUUGGCCGUGGGUCCCUCUCACAGUUUUUGGCUGCCUCUUUUGCUUCUCUCAGAUUGGAAUAGAAUGGAACACAUUCCACUUCCCAAACUAUAAAUGGGGCUUCCCGACCUGCUCACGGACAAAAGUACCCUGAA